AUGCCCCAUGGAGUCUAUGGGAACCUGAAGGCCAAAUGCCCCUUGAAUCUGAUCAGGGAUCAGAAUAAAGCACGCAGUUACUACCGGCCUGGAAACUUCCUUAUUAGUGGGAUCAUACCUUCAAAAUAUAUUCUUGAGCAACUUCCAUAUGUUUUUUCCCAGACCCCCUCCACCAAGAUUGAGAGAGUCUCACCUAUGUUCUACUGGCACAUAUUGUCCUACUUGUUCACCAUCCAGGAGAUAAACCAAGAUCUCAAGCUCUUACCUAACAUCACCCUGGGCUACAAUAUUUUUGAGAACCACUUUGAUGCAAGGUUGACUUCUGAUGCCAUGCUAGACCUUCUUGCAGGUGGGGGAAGCAAUGUCCCAAACUAUAACUGCAGGAAAUGGAAUAACCUUCUGGCUGUUCUUGAACAAGCCAAUUCUGUCAUCUCAAAGGAGAUUUCAGCUAUGUCAAGAAUCUACAAAAUCCCACAGGUCAGUUAUGCCUUCAUUGCUCAGGUUCUUGAAGAUAAAAUCCAGUUCCCUUUUGUCUACCGGAUGGUCCCCAAAGAAGAAACUCAGCACCAGGGCAUUCUCAAGUUGCUCCUGCAUUUUGGAUGGACGUGGAUUGGCCUCCUUGCUCCAGACAAUGACGGCGCAGAAAGAUUUGUGAGUGCCUUGACACCUCUGCUGAUCAGCAGUGGAAUUUGCAUUGCCUUGUCAAAAAGAUUUCCAGAAAAGGAUGUAUUUAAAAUGUUCAGCCCAAAUGAGCCUUUUGCCAUCUGGAGACAAGCCAGAGUAUUUGUUUGCUACAUAACAACUCAAAUGGGACUUGGUAUAAUCUUUUCAGUACAAGAAGUACUUGAGAAACAAAUUGGGCCAAAAGUCUGGAUCACGACGGCUUUUCAAGACAUCAACUUUAUCUUUUCUUUACAUCCUUUUUUCUUCAAGUACAUCCAUGGCUCUUUGUCCUUUGUAAUGAAGACCAAAAUAAAGAGCACCAAACAUAUCUACUAUGAACCAAGGUCCCAUUUCCUUAGCCAGUUUUGGGAGGAAGCUUUUCAUUGUUCCUAUUCAAAGCAUGUGUUGUCUAUGAAAGGUCGGACAAGAUGCAGAGAAGAGGAGAAACUGGAGCCUUUGCCCAGAGAAGAGCUGGAAAGAGUCCUGUCUCAAGACAGCUACGGCACUUACUUCAAUGUCCAAGCUGUGGCGCAUGCCUUAAAUGCUGCGUAUUCAUCUAGAUCAAGGUGGAUGAUGAUGAUGGCAGGUGGAAAAAAGGAAGAGGAAUUUCUGAGGCUGCAAUCAUGGCAGCUUCACCCUUUCUUGAAAGAAAUCCAAUGCUUAAAUACUUCUCUGGGCACACUGUGUUUGGAUAAGAAUGGGGAGCUGCCAACUGACAUUCAUAUUGAGAACUGGGUGAUGUUUCCUAAUCAGUCUCACGUUAGAGUGAAGAUUGGGAGUCUAGAGAGAGAGGUGUCGACUGGCAUAAAGUUUAGCAUUAACCCAGGAACCAUUGAGUGGCCCAAGCCAUUUAAGAAGACUGUGCCUCGCUCCAAGUGCACCAAAAGCUGCCACCCUGGGUAUGCCAAGGUGGUUCAAGAAGGAAAGGUGGUUUGCUGCUAUGCUUGCGCUCCCUGUGCAGAAGGGACGAUCUCCACUCAGAGAGAUGCAGAACAUUGCACCAAAUGUCCAGAAGACCAAUAUCCAAACAAGGACCGAGAUCACUGCAUUGCCAAGAUUAUUACUUUCCUAUCAUAUAAAGAACAUUUGGGGAUCCUCCUGACUUCCUUGGCCCUCUUUCUGUCCUUAACCACCGGCUUUGUUGCAGGGAUCUUCAUUAAAUACAAGGAAACUCCCAUAGUCAAAGCCAACAACAGGGACCUCUCCUACAUCCUCCUCAUCUCUCUCCUGCUUUCCUUUUUGUCCUCCUUCCUCUUCAUUGGCUGUCCCACAAAAGUCACCUGCCUCCUUCAACAAACGGCCUUCAGCACCAUCUUCUCUGUUGCUGUCUCUUCUGUCUUGGCUAAAACCAUUAUGGUGGUGCUGGCCUUCCUGGCCACAAAGCCAGGGAACAGGGUAAGGAGAUGGCUGGGGAAGAGUCUGGCCAACUCCAUUGUCAUUUCUUGUUCCAGUGUCCAAAUGGUCAUUUGCAUCGUCUGGCUGGGGAUCUCUCCCCCAUUUCCAGACUCUGACAAACAUUCCCAGGCUGGAGAGAUCAUCCUGCAGUGCAAUGAAGGGUCUGUGUUCAUGUUUUAUGGCUCCCUUGGCUACAUGGGCUUCUUGUCUACCAUCUGCUUCAUGGUGGCUUUCCUGGCCAGAAAGCUGCCUGGAGCCUUCAAUGAAGCCAAGCUGAUCACCUUCAGCAUGCUGGUCUUCUGUAGUGUUUGGGUCUCCUUUGUGCCCACUUACCUGAGCACCAAAGGGAAGUACAUGGUAGCUGUGCAGAUCUUCUCUAUCUUGGCCUCUAGUUCUGGGCUUCUGGGCUGCAUCUUCAUGCCCAAGUGCUACAUUAUUGUGCUGAGGCCUGUUCUGAAUACAAAGGAGCACCUGACAACAAAAACUAAAAAUGGUAUCUGA